GCAGUUACAAGCACAACAAAAACAAAAAUAAUAAUAACAAAAAGGAAAACAAACAACAAAAACUUUGCACUUUAACAUGAACAAAAAUGCCGGCGAUGGCAGCGGCAACGAUGGCAAAAACUCAAAUAAUCACGGUGGAAAAGGGGGCUCCGGGGCGGGUGGCGGCGCAGGGGCUGGAAAUCCCCAUGAUCCCACCGGACUGUUAGAUGCGGCAUCGCUGUUCGCCUAUUGGGGCCGCGAUCCAACUGGCGCUGCAGCUGCGGCUGCCUCAAAUCCGCUCUUCAACUCGCAGUUUAAUGCAGCCGCUGCCGCCGGCUUGGGCCUGCUGCCAAAUGCUGCGGGCGCAGCAGCAGCUGCUGCCAACGACCGUUAUUCAUCGAUGGCCGCAGCAGCAGCGGCAGCUGCCGGCGCCCACCAUCAUCAGAACACAAUGGCCGUCGCGGCCUCGCAGGCAGCCAGCCUAGCGGGUCUGCACCCAGCAAGUGAGUAAAAUGUCGGCAUCGACACUCGUCMACAUUAAUUAGCAUACGAAAAGUGAGACAAAGCAAAGAAACCACAAGAAGAGUCAAAGCAGCCGCUUUGCUACGCGCAACGUAGCAGCUGUG